AUCUCAACGCAGGCUUUCAGACAAUCUACAACGAUGCAGAUACUCUUAAUCACUAGUUUGCUGGUCGGCACUACUCUGGCCGCCGGCAAAGGUACUUAUGGUGGAGGUUUCGGUGGUGCAGGUGGCGGCACAUUUUCCGCCGCAGCUUCAGGAGGUGGUGGUGGUGGUGCAUUUACCGGUAACGGUGCCUUUGGAGGUGGCGGUGCGGGAUCCGGAGGUGGCCAUGUAAUGGUUGUUACUGGUGGCGGCGGUGGUUCUGGGUAUCCUUACGGAGGGGGCUUCGGUGCUGGCGGUUCCGCUGGCCCUGGCGGCCCUCGCGGCUGGAGAAUAGGCGGAGCCGGACGCGUUUCCGGUAGCUUCGGACCUGGCAGGCAGAUUGCCUUUGGUCGACGCGGAGGCUUUGGGGGAAGAGGAAUUGUCGGCACCGGUUUAGGACCAAGCAAUGGAUUUGGAUUCGGUGGAUCUUUUGGAGGCGGUGCAUUUGUAAGCGGUGGACCCACUGCUGGUGGACCAACAUUCGGUCCAGUGUUUGGUGGCCCAAACGGUGCUAGACCAAGCACUGGAUUUGGCGUUAGUGGAUCUUUCGGAGGCGGGCCAUUUGUAAGUGGUGUACCCACUGUUGGUGGACAGACAUUCGGUCGCGUGUUCGGAGUUCCUGUAGCCGGUGGCCCAAUUUCCGGAGGUGCUAUAUUUGGCCCCUUUGGCUCCUUCCCGGGCGGCCUUGUUUCUGGUGGCCCCACCGGUGCUGGACCUAGCAAUGGAUUUAGAUUUGGUGGAUCUUUAAGAGGCGGGGCAUUUGUAAGCGGUGGACCCACUGCUGGUGGACCGACAUUCGGUCCAGUGUUUGGAGGUCCUGUUUCCGGUGGCCCCAUAUCAGGAGGUGCUGUAUCUGGCCCCAGUGGCCCCUUCCCGGCUGUCCCUGUCUCUGGUGGUCCCGUAGCUGGUCCGAGUGGCUUCUUUACAGGCAGAACUAGUGGUUCUGUCGUUAUGACAAGCGGACAAAGCGGCCCGGCAACUGGUAUCCCCGUUUCCGGGUCUGGACUUCCAGUGUUCGGAGGAUCUGGUGCCGGCGUUGUAAGUGGCGGAUUCGGAGGUUCAUUUGGAGGCGGUUUUGGAGGCAACGUCGGUGGUGUCUCCAUUGGAAAAACCUACUAGUCGUGAAGAAUCACGUGCAUCGUUCUUUAAACAUUCCCAACGAUGAUUUGCCAGUGUCUUUUGCAUUCUGUCCCGACGUCAACUGGACCGGUUUUACCGACGAGAUAUAUUAGAUUUUAGUUGCAUUCUAA